AAGUUUCUUGUGCCGUUGAAGAGUAAGAACUUCCCACUCUUCCUUCCGGUUAAAAGUCGAAGUAGUACGAACUAAUACGAACUGUCCGAAACCCAUAAGGUUUUCAAGUACAAUGGCGCGAAACUUGUUAUUCAAUUCGCGACAGUUGCGUGAAACAGAUGUGUGAAAAAUUUUCGGCUCUAUUGUUAUAACAAAGCGACUUUUUUUACUUCUUUUUUUAAUUUUUCAACGAAAAUUUUCAAGAAACAAACAAAUUUGUUAUUUAGAUAGAAUUGACUUUGAAAGUAAAGGAAGAUGUAUGGGAUGCUUUUGGAGAGUGUUCAGCAUUUCGUACAGCUGGAAUACGGAGAGGAGUUAUGGCUGCAAAUGUUAGAAAAAGCGGGAGUGAAGCACACAGUAUUCAACACACGACAAAUCUAUCCCGACGAUUUAAUGACAAAAUUGGCUGCUGCCCUCGCAGAUCACAUUGGAGAGAGUAUCAAUAGUGUCAUGGAAUUUUUCGGAAAAUGUUUCGUUCGAUUUUUCAGUAAUCUUGGAUACGACUGCACAAUAAAAGCAACUGGACGUUAUUUUUGUGAUUUUUUGGGAAGUGUCGACAACAUUCACAUGCAAAUGCGAUUUACAUAUCCGAAAAUGAAAUCUCCCUCUAUGUAUAUAACUCAUGUGGAUCCUCAUGGAGUGAUUUUAGUUUAUCGAAGCACAAGACAGGGGUUUACGCAUUACUUUAUGGGUCAACUGUAUCAAAUAGCUAAAGAACUUUACGAAACAAGUUUAGAUAUUAGAGUCCUCGAAACUUCAACCAACAUCCCAGGUAGUAGAAGUGUGAAAGUUACUUUUCGCAUAGAUUUCGAUAACAGAGAAUAUGUGGCAAAAAAUACCAAAAUGCGAGCGCCAAUUGGUCGAGAAUUAUCCCCAGUUCCAUGUUCAGUGUUGCUGCGAUUAUUUCCCUUCGGUGUGGUGUUGAAUCGCGAUAUGUGUAUACAGGGAGUUGGCGGAAAGCUUUUACAAGCCUGGGGUGGAAAUUCAUCUAUUUUAAAUAAACCAGUCACAGAAAUUUUCAAGCUACGUAGACCAAAAGGCAUUACAUUCACUUGGGGAAAUUUGAUCUAUCUACAUUCGGUAAUGUUUGAACUCGAGUUGAUAAGGUCAACGGAAAAUAAUUUGAGUUCAACAAAUAGUGAAGUUCCUAGUACAAGCAGCGGAUUAGACAGAAGGGGGAGUCAGGGAUCACGUAGUAUAUUACUAAAGGGACAAAUGAGAUAUAUAGAAGAUAUCAAGUCUAUAAUUUUCCUCUGCAGUCCACUAAUUAACAGCUUAGACGAACUUCUUAGUAUGGGGCUGUAUCUUAAUGAUCUUAAUCCUCACGGGCUAAGCAGAGAAUUAGUUCUUGCUGGGUGGCAACAUUGUGGAAGAUUAGAAAUGAUGUUUGAGAGAGCUGAGCAAAGAUCACAGGAAUUAGAGAAUAGUUACGCCCUUUUGGAUCGUUGGAAAAAUAAGAGCGACGAACUUUUGUAUUCGAUGAUCCCUCAAACUGUUGCUGACCGUUUACGAGCUGGGGCAAGUCCCUUAAGCACUUGUGAGUCCUUUGAAUCGAUAACUGUAAUUUUCUGCGAACUGUGCGAAUUUGAUUACUCGACAAUUGAGGGUGCAAUGGACAUUGUCACUUCAAUGAAUGCUGUUUUCUCCUGCUUCGAUUCUUUAAUGGACAAAUUCAAAGUUUAUAAAGUGGAGACAAUUGGUCGGGUGUACAUGGCUGCCAGUGGAGCGCCAGACAGAACAGAGGAUCAUGCAAGAAAUGCUGCGGAUGUAUCCAUUGAACUACUCAACAACGUUCGCUCUAUAAAACUACCAUCUGGCCUCGAUAUUCACAUUCGAAUAGGAAUUCAUUCCGGACCUGCAGUGGCUGGUGUUGUUGGAAUUAAAGUACCCAGAUAUUGUUUUUUCGGCGAUACUGUUAACACAGCGUCGAGGAUGCAAACAACAAGUUUGCCAGGUAUGGUUCACAUAUCCCCGGACACAAAAGCUCUUUUACCAGAGGAUCGAUAUCAUUUGGAGCCACGUGGAGUGGUCAGUGUAAAGGGUAAAGGAAACAUGGAGACAUACUGGCUACGUGAGAAAAAUCACAGACAAUCUUCAUCUAAUGGUGAGGAAUUAUCAAUAAAAGAUAAUCAUUGAAUAUUACAAAAGAUAAAUAAUUUUUUUCAAAAACGAUUUUUAUAUAGCUU